AAAUUCUUGAGUGGUCGUCUAUGUGGCGUAGGAAAUCCUAGUUUGAGUGUUUGACCCUUAACCUUAUAUUUCUCUUCUUGCUCCCACCCAGAAAAAAUAAAAUAAUUAAAAAAGCGUCAGUCCUGUUACAAAUUAGAAUGGGCCGCCGCCCUUCUCUCUCUCUCUCUCUCUCUCUCUCUCUCUCUCUCUCUCCUGUGGGCACUUGAACACGGUCAAGGACGAGCAUGAAGAAGUAUGAUCUUCUCUUUCUCUCUCUCUCUCUCUGACCGACGACUCCAUCUGGGUGUACUCCAGGUGAGAGAGAACCAGUGCAGUGCUUCGACUUAAUUUGUUUCAUACUGAUUCAUAUCUCUCCUAUACCUAAUUUGUUUUUUAAUUCGAAGUCUUUAUCUUGAAUGGUUCAGCGUUGGACCCAUGGACGAUCGACCCAUUUCCCAGAAGCCUCAAACUGGCUAUAAAUUAUUAGGGACAGAUAUAUCUUUUUCAUUCAUUGCGCCAACCAAACUACAGCUACACCCAGCUACCCCCAUGGAUAACCUCACGGUACUACUACUCGUCGCACUCUCUAUUGCUUGGAUCUUCAUUCAUGCCUUCAAAUCCUUCCGCCUGAACUCAAACCCGGCAAAUCCCCUCCCGCCGGGCCCCCCUCGCCUUCCCCUCCUCGGAAACCUCCCCCACCUCCGCGGCGGAUCCCCCUACCAAAACCUCUCCGCUCUCGCCAAAACUUACGGCCCCGUCAUGUCCCUCAAGCUCGGAACCCUCACCACCGUCGUCUUCUCCACCGCAGACGCCGCUAGAGAGGCCUUGAGCAAACACGAUGCCCUCCUUUCCGAUCGAGUCACCCGCCACGUCUCCAAAGUCCUCGACCACAACAAGGUCUCCCUAAUACUGUCCCCGGUGUCCGACCGCUGGCGCAACCUCCGCAAGAUCUUGACGCUGCAGAUGUUCGUGACCCAGCGCCUCAACGCUGGCGAGGACCUCCGCCUGAAGAGGGUGCAGCAACUGCGGGAGCACCUGCAGGAGAGCUGCAGUGGCGGCGCUUCCGUGGACGUCAGCGGGGCCGUAUUCACGACGCUGCUGAACAUGACGUCGAACGCUCUUUUCUCGGUGGAUUUGGCGGGGUACGGUUCGGAGGAGUCGCGGGAGUUUGAGAGGAUUAUAUUUGGAGUAAUGGAGGAGAGCGCGAGUCCAAAUGUGGCGGAUUUUUUUCCUGUGCUGCGGUGGAUGGAUCCGCACGGCAGGCAGAAGAAGGUGAGGAUGCACUUUGAGAAGUUCAUGGGGGUGCUUGAUGAGAUAAUAAAUCAAAGGAGGGAAGAGAGAGGAAAUUCAAUGGGAAACAAUACGAUGAACGACGUGGCGGAUGCACUUCUGGAUCCCAAGCUGGAGAAGGACUGCGGGAUCUCUCUCAAUGAUAUCAGGCAUCUGUUUAUGGAUGUAUUUCUUGCGGGAAUCGACACAUGCUCGAGUAUGUUAGAAUGGGCAAUGGCAGAAUUACUUCACAAUCCUGAAAAAUUGGCAAAAGCUCGAGCUGAACUCCAAGAAGUGCUUGGCAAGGAGGGGCAAAUUCAAGAAUCAAACAUUUCAAAGCUCCCUUACCUGCAAGCAGUAGUGAAAGAAACCUUGCGACUGCAUCCGCCAGGCCCGCUCCUACUUCCUCAUAAAGCCAAAGCUAACGUUGAAAUAUAUGGAUUUGAAGUUCCCAAGAAUGCUCAAAUAUUAGUAAAUGUUUGGGCAAUUAACCGAGAUCCUAACUCGUGGUCUAAUCCAAACUCAUUUUCUCCUGAAAGAUUCUUAGAGAGCAAGAUUGAUUAUAGAGGACAAAAUUUUGAAUUUUUGCCUUUUGGUUCCGGAAGGAGGAUGUGCCCCGGAUUGCCAUUGGCUCAUCGAAUGAUGCAUAUGAUUUUAGCUACUUUUCUUUACUUUGAUUGGAAGCUUGAUGAGGGCAUGAAGCCACAGGACAUGGACAUGAAUGAAAGGAAUAGAGUGACCUUGCUGAGGAGGGCGCAACGUCUUCGAGCUGUUCCAAUCAAAGGUUGACUUCAUGCAUUACCAAUAUUUAUUUAUGUACGAAAGUAAUAUUAUUUUUUUUUUGUUCGUAUAAAAAUAAUUUGUAAAAUGUUUAGGGCAUGCUUGUUAUAGCCCAUGUUAUAUUUAUAAAGUUAAUUUAUAAUGAGAAGGUCUAAGAUUUUUAAAA